AUGUUUGAUGAGUUGAUUGAAGAGGUUGACAGUCAAGAGUUUCAACAGGUACUCAAAGGAUUUGGGUAUGGAGGUUUGUUGAUGCAGGUUGGUAACUGCAAAUACUUGCCAAUCAACUCGACACUACUCGAUCAAGAGACUGGUGCACCGGUGGACGAGAAUGACAGUGCAUCAGCUGGCAAGAUAGUGUCGUACUAUUACCGAUUCAAACGAUCGUUGGCAGAAGACAUGCAAAACAGUGCUCUUAUUAUUAGCCACGGUGGCUCUGGUUCGAUUCUAGAGGCACUACAAUUCCACAAACCAAUCGUGUGUGUCACAAACAGCAGAUUGAUGCACAAUCAUCAAGUCGAGUUGGCUGAGCGUCUCAGUACCUCCCCCUACAACUAUCUACUGCCAUGUGAUCCCUCCACUCUACAAACUGUCAUCAAACAAGAUCUCAAGGGUUAUUUAACCAAUCGACAAGAACUCGACGAACAUGUGGUUGUAAAGAGUUUGGCUGAUUUUGGUAAACGUUUCCAACAAGAAGUAUCAUUUACAAGACAUCAUUCAAAUAAAAAGGAUGAUGAUGAUAGACCAACAACAAGACCUAAAUCAAACAAGACAAUGGUUGUAUUGGGAUCAGGUGGACACACAGCAGAGAUGUUUUAUCUCCUCAAACACAUCCACGGGGAUUAUAAUCGACUAUCCUAUGUAUUGGCAGAUUCAGACAAACGAUCAUAUGACAAGAUUGUCGAAUUUGAACAAACCUCAGCUGCUUCAUCCUACUCGGUUCAUCAAAUACCAAGAAGUAGAAAUGUUGGUCAAUCUUAUUUCUUUAGUAUAUUUACAACUAUUUAUGCAUUUUUUUAUUGUUUAUUACUUGUAUUCAGGGAUAAACCAGAUAUUGUUAUUUGUAAUGGUCCAGGUACAUGUGUUCCAAUUGUCAUUGCAGCCGUUCUUUUUAGAUUUUUACGAAUCCAUGCUUGUAAAAUAGUCUAUAUAGAAAGUAUAGCCAGAGUUCAACACUUAUCAUUAUCUGGAAAGAUUCUACAAUAUGUUGCCAAUUGGAUGAUUGUUCAAUGGCCAUCUCUCAUCCCAGAGUAUAAUGAUAGUAAAUCCAACAACAAACCUUCUUCUUCAUCUUUGAAAAAGUAA